ACACCUCUUUCUACUUCUACAUUAUGACAGUUUUUCCGGUUAUGCGAAUUUGCAUUAAUUUCUUUUCUUGAUCUCAUUAUUCUACUCUGUUUUGAUAAGAGUCAUUCAAGCUUCUUAGUCAGUUUCAAGAAUCUUUAUCAGGCCUCUCUCUCUCUCAAAAUGGAGAUAGAGGGAGAAAGUCCAAAACAUGUAACACUUGACAUCAUGCAUGAGGAUGCUCUCCUAACCUCAAUCAAAGAAAAAAUGGAACACAUUUCUCUUUCAAAAUGUGUAUGCAGAGUUCCAGAAGAGCUCUACAAAACCAAUGAAGAGAAAUACUUUCCAACCUCACUCUCAAUAGGCCCCCUCCACCACAGCAACCACAGUCUCAAGCCCAUGGAGGAUCAAAAAUGGCGUUACCUCAACGCGCUCAUCACUCGAAAACCCAAUGCAGAGGCCACACUGGACACCUGCAUCAAUUCCCUUAGGCAGGUGGAGCAAAAGGCAAGAAAAUUCUAUGGCCAACCAAUCCCAAUGGAGAGCGACCGCCUCGUUGAGCUGCUCCUGCUAGACGGCUGCUUCAUAAUCGAGCUCUUUCUAGAGUACGCCUUCAAGAAUCUGAGGCGAAGAGACGACCUCUGCUUCAGCUCAAGCGACAGCCUCUCCCACUUGAGGUGUGACCUAAUCUUGUAUGAAAAUCAGAUCCCAUUUUUCAUUCUUGAUCAGAUUUUCCACUUAGUGCCUGUCCCAAAACACUGCCAUCUCUCCCUCAUUGAUCUUGCAUUGUUCUUUUUCAAGAAACUGAUCCCAGACUGUGGAAACCAUCAUCAGAAGACGAGAGAAAUCUUCACACCUCAAACACAUCACUUGCUAGACCUAAUUAGGCAGCAUUAUCUCCCAACACAUUCAACACAAGUAGUCACACUGCCUAAUGUAGGCCACACCUACAUACCUCAGGUUUCACGCCUCGUCUCUCUAGGCAUAAGCGUGGAGAGGGCUACAACAGAGAGCACAACUAACAUACAGUUCUUCAAUGGGAAACUGAAUAUCCCUUCUCUAGAAAUCCAUAGCUACACAGAAGUCUUGCUAAGAAACCUCAUUGCAAUGGAGCACUGCAGCCAUGGAUGCAGCAAGCAUGUUACAUCCUACGUUGUACUAAUGGAAGGCCUGAUCCGGUCUGAAAGGGACGUGAGGGUGCUGCAGGAGAGAGAGAUUCUGAUUGAUGGUCAUGGGAGAGAGAAGGAGAUUGUGUUCCUACUGCAGAGGCUGCAUGUGGAUGUAAAGAGAGAUGAUUUUUACUAUAGAGGUUUGUGUGAAGAAAUUAGUAAGCAUCAAACAAGGAGAAGAGAUGUUUGUUGGGUGGGAAUGGGUAAUGUUUAUCAUAGAACUCAGUUUGGGAUUGCUGGUUUUAGUUUGGCAGUUGUGUUGUUGGUUUUCCUUUUCACCGGAGCUUUUUUCUCCACGGUUUAUUUUCUGUUGCACCAUUUUCAGUAGGCCUCGCUUUCGUCGUUUUUAACACGAUUGUGUAAUAGGGGAUCAAGAGCGAGUGUUGUGGUGUGGUUUGAAUGUUCCAAGUAUGGGCAUAUAUAUUGAUGUCUUUUAUUCUAA